GAAAUAACUUGCGACCUUGAAGGCCGAUGGAGGAUCUGUGUAGAGCCGUGGAUGUGGCAUUCAGUCACACUGCACAACCAGCUAUCAAAGCCGAAGCUACUGCUUACUGUAACCAGGUGCGAGAGUCUGCUAGAGGAUGGGAAUUGGCAGUUCGCAUUCUUGCUGCUGCCGAUACUCGGCAGGAUUCUGGUUCAAGUUAUAGUUUAGAGGUCCGGUUCUAUUGCUUUCAGAUUUUGGAGGACAUGCUGCGUCAUCGUUCCGAUAAUUUGACCCAAGAUGAGCAUCUUUUUAUACAACAAAGUAUUUGGGAGUUGGUGCGUCAAUAUUACUCUGAUCCAAGCAGACCGUCUUAUUUGAAAAACAAACUGUCGGUAGUGAUUGUGCUUUUAUUUAAAGCACAGUAUCCUACAAAAUGGCCUACGUUUUUUGAUCAGCUGCUUUCUCUCCUGUCUGAUUCUGGAGCUCAGAGAUCGCUUAUUAUGGCCUUUUUGCAUAUAUGUGCUGUCAUUGAUGAAGAAGUUGUAUGCCUUUACGUGCCACGAACUCCAGAAGAUGUGGUUAGAAACAAUGCAAUCAAGGACUGGAUGCGAGAGGGUCCUGUAGAGGCGCUUAUUAGAUCAUGGAUGAGUUUGCUAAGAUCUCACUAUAUGUCAGAUGCCGAGAUCACAAAUGCCUGUGUUGGAUUAUUUGGUGUCUAUGCAUCAUGGGCGGAUAUCAAUCUUAUUUUACAGUCGGAGUUUGUAGAUGCACUGUUGGGAUUUUUGAGUGUUCCUGACCUGAGAAUUGCUGCUUGCGAUUGCAUUGCAGAAAUUGUAGGAAAGGGCAUGAAAGUUGCUGAUAAACUGCAGCUGCUACAGCUUCUUAGAUUACCGGCAAUCAUUGAUACAUUUGAAUAUGGACCAGAGGAUUUUGAUGAACAGGUUGCAAAGCUAAUCAACUGCAUUGGCAUGGAAUUGUGCCAUUGUUGUCAAGAAGGUCAAAGCAGUCUAGAGCGCGAUCAAUCUCUUGUUGUUCUACAACAAGUGUUUCCAUACUUGAUUAAAUAUUUGGGCAACGAGUAUGACGACACGGUUUCCGCUCUACUACCGUUUGUCCAAGCUCUACUCUUGUUAAUGAAACGAAUUAAAAAGAGUACAGUCACUUCUGAACAACGGAAAUUUCUGACUCAACUACUUCAAGUUCUUGUUGGUAAAAUGAAGUUUUUAGAUGAUGAUGAAUUCAGACUUGGUCCAGACGCAGGUGAAUCGGAAGCUUUGUUUGCAGAUCUUCGAAAAAGUUUCAAGGCGCUACUUGAAUCCAUUGCUUCUAUCGACGAUGGUCUGUUUGUGUCCUGUAUAUCGAGCACCGUUUUACAAAAUUUUGAGCUAAUGAUUCAUGGCGUACAAGCUGGAAAGGCUCCUCAACACAUUUUAAAAUGGCCCGAUGUCGAGAUUGCUCUUCAUUUACUCCAUGUGUUUAUCGAGGCAAAACCAUUUAAAGCUUCUCCAAUAUAUAUUCUCGAGUCAGGAAAUCUUUCGCCGUUGGGACAGAUGCUUUCAAAAUUAUUUGAAUGUGAUGCUGUUUCUUAUCCGCACAUAUCGGUUCCGAUCCUAUAUUUUGAAAUUCUUGUCAGAUAUUCACAGUUUUUUGAACAGUGUCCGCACUAUCUUCCCCAGGCACUCAAUGCGUUUAUUGGUGCACGCGGUCUUCACCACCCCAAUAUGGCAAUCCGGCUUCGAUUAAAUUAUCUUUUUUUAAGAUUUAUCAAACACCUCCGCCAGCUGAUUGGUACAUAUGCUGAUGGUAUUCUGAGCAGUAUCGAAGAUCUGAUUGUGAUUGUUCAGAGAAAGCCAUCUUUAACUGAUGUAUCCAAUGGUGAUACUCCAUCUCAGCUUACAAAGGUGACAGUGGUAGAAAACAGUGCAGAAUUUGACAGCCAGUUGUAUCUUUUUGAAUGCGCAGGUCACCUUAUCUCUGCAGAUUUGGUGGAGCCUUCAAAGCGUGCGCUAUUACUAGGGAAAAUACUUUCCCCUAUGAUUUAUGUGAUCGAGUCGAGUAUGCAACAAUUGCUACAAGGAAAUCCAGCGAGUCAGCAAAUCACAAUCCUAUUGGCAGACACGAUCACUGCCAUUGGCAGUGUAAGCAAGGGAUUCCCCGACUAUGUCGGUGAUCAUCUCGUAGCCAACAGUGCUGACAUUGCCCCUUCUUCGCAGUCUUCCAUUAAACGUAUAAUGGAAACCCAAGUCGUGCAGAUUUUUCAAGAAGUACUUCAUCGAAUCUUGCUAGUACUCGAGCGUCUUAGUGACUCAAGUCUCAUUCGUGAAGCGUCUCGAUCAUCAUUACAAUGCAUGGUUGGCUGUGUCGGGCCAGUAAUUCUUGAUCAUCUACCAACAUUCCUGUCAGCUGGUUUACUUUCAAGCACCACUGCAACAGAAUUGAUCGACUUUUUGCCCUUUAUUGGAUUAAUGAUUUACAAGUUUAAAUUCUCUAUUGCAGACAUCCUGGUAGAGUUAUGGACACCUCUUCGCGAGAAAAUAUUUCUGUUUUUGAAUCAACAAGCAGUUGGAACGGACGAUAUUAUUCAACAAAUUUCUCUUCGUCGAUCAUACCUUACCUUAUUUACCGCACUGUUUAAUUCCGAAAUGCAAGCUAUUCUAACAUGCUCAGCCAAUGUCGCGCAUCUUUCUACUACGCUCAUGUCCAUCAUGUUAUGCUUGGAUGAAAAUUCAGACGUGACCGUGCACAAGCUUGUGUUUUCUCUUUUUUCUAAAAUGGUCUACUGCUGGGCAGGUGACGAUAUCCAGAGCAGUGCAAAUGCUGGCACUCAACAAUCAGGGUCGCAUGCCAGUGAUGGACACAUUGUAAAACCUCCAGUAGUUGGCGCUGCACGGGGACGAGAUGCUACCUUGAAACGCACCCCACUCAAUGGAUUCAACCAAUUUGUGUUUGAAAACAUUUUGCCUAUCAUGUUUGAGCUCCCGCUUCGCCAAUCUUUUAAUCCAGCUGAUGGACAGGCGCUUGUUCUUCUUGGCGAGAUUGCCUCUUUGCACAAGGUUUGUGUUGAAGUUUUAGGUGCAGAAUAUGUCGAUUUUAUUGCAAAAAAUUAUCUUCCAUCUCGUGGCUGUCCGCCAGAAACUGCACAAUUGUUUGCCACUAAUUUGCUCAAUCUUGACAAAAAAGAACUGAAAAAGUACAUUCAGACAUUUGUACAAGCCACACGAUCUAUUCCAACCAGAUAACAGUGCAUUAUUAAAAAACAUUUAUUUCAACAC